CAGCGGCUAAAACGCACUUAGGCAGACCCUUAGCUGACGUCAUAUGCGGCUCAACCACAAAGCAGCCGAUUGCCCCGGGUGCAUAGAUCCUUCUAUCAGGAAAUCACAUAAUCUCUGUUCUGCACCGCAUCCCGCCUCAGACCGCGACCAGACUUGUUAGACAUGGACAUCGAAGGCGUGCGACGGGCGGAGAAUGCAGAGAGGGUGUUGCAGCCUUGUCGGUAUAGGGUGGGAAAGGUGCUUGGUCAGGGAUCGUACUCUGUCGUUAAAGAAGCAGUUCAUAUAGAGACGGGACAGAAAUUCGCUGCUAAAAUCAUCAACAAACGACUUAUGUCUGGUCGCGAAAAAUUUGUACGCAGUGAAGUCCAAGUGCUAAAGAAGAUAUCCGCCGGUCAUCGGAAUAUCUUGACAUUGGUCGAUUUCUUCGAGACCUCGAACAACCUUUAUCUGAUUACCGAUAUCGCCUAUGGUGGAGAACUGUUUGAUCGUAUAUGCAGCAAAGGCUCAUACUACGAAUCAGAUGCGGCGGCGUUGAUCAGAUCUAUAACCUCUGCGGUCGCGUACCUCCACGCGCACGGGAUCGUUCACAGAGACCUGAAGCCUGAGAACCUCCUAUUUCGAACGGCGGAAGAUAACGACGAUCUUCUGAUUGCCGACUUUGGCUUAUCCCGGAUCCUGGAUCAGCAGAAACUAAACAUCCUGAACACUACAUGUGGAACGCCCGGUUAUAUGGCUCCUGAGAUGAUCAAAAAGACUGGACAUGGCCAGCCAGUUGAUGUCUGGGCGAUCGGAGUCAUCACCUACUUCUUGCUCUGUGGCUAUACUCCCUUUGAUCGAGACACAAACGCCGAAGAAUUGCAGGCUAUAGUCAAUGGCGAGUAUGAUUUUGAGCCAGAGGAGUACUGGGCCGAAGUCUCUGAUAAUGCAAAGGAUUUUAUACGUCAAUGCCUCAACGAUGACUUUGAAAAACGAAUCACCGCCCAGCAAGCUCUCAAGCACCCUUUCCUGCUCAAAAAUGAGCCCAGCGAGGAAGAAACAAACCUUCUCCCAAGCCUCAAGUCUAAUCUUCUGCAACGCAGAUUCUCAACAACAUCUGAAGGCGCACCCAAUAAAGUGCUCAGACGACUGACGGAGGAGGGUAUUAUGGAUGGCAAGUUUAGCGAGAGCCCGGAGGCGAUUAGGUCGCCGGGAGCAAGUUUUUCACCUACGGACCAGCAUGCGCCUAUUUUGGCUUGAUCGGUUUUUUUUCUUAUAUCGUUGUGUUUUCGUUUCACCGUUUUGUUUUAACUGUAGUUUUCUUGGGAUAGCGGGGGUUAAUUUUGUAUUACCGUA